GAUCACGUUCACCCCGCAAAAGCAGGAAAAGAAUUGAUCUAAAAACAUUUUCAUUCAAAUCAGUUCACGUUUAUUGUGUCGAUACGAGCAUGUAGCAUUCCUAUUAGGGACAAGAAGACUCAUUUUUUAAGCCAGUUACAUAAUGAGGCCCCUAAAAGAUGCCCAGCUGGGAGCCUUCACCUUUUUUGCCUCAGCUCUCCCACAUGAUGUCUGUGGAAGCAAUGGCCUCCCUCUCACCCCCAAUUCCAUCAAAAUCCUUGGACGUUUCCAGAUCCUUAAGACCAUCACGCACCCCAGACUCUGCCAGUAUGUGGACAUUUCCAGAGGAAAGCAUGAACGACUGACUGUUGUUGCUGAGCACUAUGCAAGCAGUUUAAGUGGUUUCAAACAAGGACAAACAGUCAGCCCAGACAAGGUGCUGCAAAUAGCCUAUGAAGUUCUUGAAGGUCUGGAGUUUAUGAACAAACAUGGUUUGGUGCACAGAGCCCUCAACCCACACAAUGUGCUCAUGGACUGCAAGGGGAAUGUCAAGCUGGCAAAGUUUGGCCUUUAUCACAUGACCGAUCGUGGGGCUGAUGUUGAUUUUCCCAUUGGCUACCCAUCAUACCUCGCUCCAGAGGCGAUUGCCCAGGGCUGCUUCCAUCCCACUGAUCCUUCACAUGAUGAAGCUCCUCUGCCCUCAGGACCAAAGACUGAUGUCUGGUCGCUUGGAGUUUUGCUCUUUGAAUUAUGUGCAGGGAGACGACUCCUGCAGAAAAUUGAUAUAAGUGAGAAAAUGAAAUUCAUUUUAACCUUGGGCUGCAUGGAUGACAUUGUCACUGUCCUUGCUGAGGAACAUGGAUGUUUGGACAUUAUUAAGGAGCUGCCGGAGAAUGUUCUUGACUUAUUAAGGAAAUGCUUGACCUUUCAUGCAUCUAAAAGGCCAACCCCUGCAGAGCUGCUGCGAGACCCUGUGUUUAAUGGAAUUUCGUGUCGGUAUGCACCUUUCCAGAAGCCUGUCAGCUUGUUUAGCUCCUCCCUGCGCUGUGCGCAUCUGGAGCUCCCAGAUGACAUCAGUGACCUUUGCAAAGAUGACGAUGAAACCUACUUGUCGGAGCGGGGUAUAGAUGAGGUGUACCAUUUGUGGUGUCUGGCUGGGGGAGACCUUGAGAAGGAGCUUACCAACAAGGGAAUCAUCCAGUCCAAACCUCCAAUCUGCACUCUGCCUAAUUUUGUCUUGGAGGAUGGGGAGUCAUUUGGCCAGGGCAGGGAUCGCAGUUUCUUGCUCGAUGACACCACAGUGACGCUGUCUCUUUGCCAACUCAAAAAUAGACUGAAGGAUGUAGCUGGAGAAGCCUAUUACCCUCUACUGGAAGAUGAACAGUCGAGUUUGCCGCAGUCCAAUAGCAGCAAUGAGCUGUCGGCCACCGUCACGCUGCCGCUCAUCAUUCGUGAGAGAGACACAGAGUACCAGCUCAUCCGCAUCAUCCUCUUUGACAGGCUGCUCAAGGCCUACCCUUACAAGAAGAACCUUGUGUGGAAAGAAGCCAGAGUGGAUAUUCCUCCUCUUGUUCGAGGACUGGCGUGGGCUGCACUGUUAGGCAUUGAGGGUGAUAUUCAAGCUAAGUAUGAGAGCAUAGACAAAGACACUCCUAUACCAACCGACAGACAGAUUGAGGUGGACAUCCCACGCUGCCACCAGUAUGACGAGCUGCUCUCAUCUCCUCAGGGCCACAUCAAGUUCAGGCGUGUGUUAAAAGCCUGGGUGGUCUCCCACCCUGACCUGGUCUAUUGGCAGGGUUUGGAUUCACUUUGUGCCCCGUUUCUAUAUUUGAACUUCAACAACGAAGCCUUGGCAUAUGCCUGCAUGUCUGCCUUCAUUCCCAAGUACUUGUACAACUUUUUCUUAAAGGACAACUCUCAUGUCAUCCAAGAGUAUUUGACUGUUUUCUCCCAAAUGAUUGCCUUUCAUGAUCCAGAGCUAAGCAACCAUCUAAAUGAGAUUGGCUUCAUCCCAGAUCUUUAUGCUAUUCCCUGGUUCCUAACCAUGUUUACACAUGUUUUUCCACUGCACAAGAUCUUCCAUCUGUGGGACACAUUGCUGCUGGGUAACUCCUCAUUCCCGUUUUGCAUUGGUGUUGCCAUAUUGCAGCAACUCAGGGACCGACUCUUGGCUAAUGGCUUCAAUGAAUGCAUCCUGCUCUUCUCUGACCUGCCAGAGAUUGACAUUGAGCGCUGUGUUCGGGAGUCUAUCACCCUCUUCUGCUGGACUCCAAAGAGUGCUACGUAUCGACAGCAUGCUCAGCCAACAAAACUCGUCGGUGACAGUGGCUUUGGGAAAACCACAACAUACUUCUCAACUGACUACCAGGACAUGCCCAAGACCGACUUGUGUCGGGAGCCCCUGGCGCUGUGUGACCUGAAAGCAGAAGUUUCUCCCAGAAUCUCAGCCGAGGACUUAAUCGACCUUUGCGACCUGUCACUGGCCGGACCCUCAAAAAGGAACAAAACUGGCAAACCCAAAAUCGUAACCGUGGACAUCCGAAGCACUGAGGACUUUGGUAGAGGCCACAUUUCUGGUAGCAUCAACAUUCCCUUCAAUACGGUGUUCAGUCCUGAUGGUGAACUGGUGCAAUGUCCCGCAACAGGAGCCUUACAGAACUACAGAGGACGUGUUAUUGUGGUGAUCAGCCAUGCCAUGAAGAGUGCUGCUAUGUUUGCUGCACAUCUGGUCAAGGUGAAUUUUUCCCGUGUUUGUAUCUUGGAUGGAGGGAUCAACAAGCUGAAGCCCACUGGACUCCUCACUGUCCCGUCCCCUCAGAUAUGACCCUAUUCCUCAACUUCAACAGAACAAAAGGGACAGGCUUGAAAACUGUGCACUGUGUUAUUAGCUGAGUGAAAAGAAGCAUGUCAGAAAACUAAAAUUGUUACUGUUUUGCAAAAUAUGCAUUUAAAAUAUUCAUCUUAUCCCAGUUUGAUCUUGAUGGAGAUGUCACCAAAUAGCUAUUGUGAUGGAUUUUUUUUUUUUUUUUUUUUUUUUCUGGUAACUUUUUUGUAAGCAGUGUCGUUUCCUUGCUAUAAAAAAAAUCAGCAUCCUGUACCUGAUGUAUGUGUGGCAAUCAAAUAAAAUAAUUUCUGUGG